AUGAAGGAGCUCGUCGUUCAAGAUGCGCCCAAGCGGAUCAAGCACAUCCAAUUUGGUGUGCUCUCGGCGCAAGAAAUCGUCAACGUAUCCGAGCUAGAGCUCCUAACGAAAGAUCUUUAUACGGUGACGGACAACCCUAUCGCGUCCGCAACAGGCUUGCCAGAGAGAACUCCUGCUGAAAAUGGACCUCUAGAUCGGCGCAUGGGUGUAUCCGACAAAAACUCAUUGUGUCAGACGUGUGGUUUGAAGAACGCGGACUGUGUGGGUCAUUAUGGUUACAUUCGGCUCGUGCUGCCAGUCUUCCACGUCGGCUUUUUCAAGCACGUUCUAGCCAUCUUGCAGUGUAUAUGCAAAAACUGUGCAACGGUGCUCGUGAACGAGCAGAUGAGGCGAAGGUUCCUGAGAGCCUUCCGACGCCCUGGGCUAGAGAAUUUGCAGCGUACGACUACCUUCAAGGCGGUGAACAGCGCAGCGCGAAAGGUGCUGUACUGCCCAAGAUGCGGAAGUACAAAUGGCGUUGUCAAAAAGAGCGGUACUUUGAAGAUCACACACGAAAAGUACCGCCAGAAGAAGACUGAAUCGGAGCGACAAGCCUUCGAAAAGACCUUUGCUAGCAACGUCGAGAUGAGCGGCACUGGCCCUGGAGACGUUCGACCGCAUUUAAAAAGGGCUGCAGAGGACCUGAAUCCUCUGCGGGUGCUAGAGCUGUUCAAAAGGAUUUCAAGCGAGGACUGUGAGCUUCUGGGUCUUCGACCAGAGUAUGGUCGUCCUGAAGAAUACAUCUGGCAGUACAUUUGCGUACCACCCGUUUGCAUUCGUCCCAGUGUAGCGCAAGAAGGCGCGACCAACGAAGACGACCUGACUGGCAAGCUUGGAGACAUCAUAUUUGUCAAUCAAGUCCUUAAACUUGGACUUCAACCUGGCGGCAAAGGCACCACGACUCAGAAUCUGAUUGAGCAGUGGGACACCUUGCAGACCUGCAUAGCUGUCUACAUCAAUUCAGAGACGCCGGGGAUUGCAGCGGCAGCAAACGCAAAGCCUAUCAGAGGGUUCUGCCAACGACUCAAAGGCAAGACUGGACGGUUCCGUGGUAAUUUGUCCGGGAAGCGUGUCGAUUUCUCUGGGCGUACCGUCAUCAGUCCAGACCCGAACCUGAAGAUCAACGAGGUGGCAGUCCCUGAUCGGGUGGCCAGAAUUCUGACCUUCCCGGAAAAAGUAUUCGCCGGCAACAUCGAUGAGCUCAAAGAAGCUAUCCUCCGAGGCUCAGAAACGCAUCCGGGCGCCAAUUUUGUCAUUGAUGUCAAAAGUGGCUUCAAGCGCAUGCUGAGGUCUGAGGGUGCGCGAAGAGCAUGUGUCGCUUCGCUGAAGAUUGGCGACAUUGUUGAACGGCACAUCAAGGAUGGCGACAUUGUUCUGUUCAACCGGCAACCUUCGCUUCAUAAGCUCUCAAUCAUGUCGCACAGGGUCAAAGUCCGUCCUUGGCGCACCUUUAGGCUCAACGAAUGUGCUUGCAAUCCUUACAAUGCCGACUUCGACGGUGAUGAGAUGAACAUGCACGUUCCGCAAACGCAGGAAGCCCGGACAGAGGCGACGGAGUUGAUGGGCGUGCAGCACAAUCUCGUAACUCCCCGCAAUGGAGAGCCGAUCAUCGCCGCCAUUCAGGAUUUCAUCACAGCCUCGUUCCUCAUUUCGCGGCGAGACCGAUUCUUUGACAGGAAACAAUUCUCGCAGAUAUGCUCCUACUUCGCGGACGCUGAUUUGCACAUCGAUCUACCUCCUCCAGCGAUCAUCAAGCCGCACUGCCUGUGGACCGGUAAACAAGUCUUCGGCUGCCUGAUUCGGCCGAAUAAGAGCUCGCCACAUCUGGUCAACCUUGAGGCGCAAUGUCGGACUUUCGAGAAGCCGAAAGAUGGACACAUCAGAGAUAUGUCGCCAAAUGACGGCUGGCUCGUCAUCAUCAAUUCGGAGGUCAUGUGCGGUGUGAUGGACAAGAGCACCGUCGGCGAUGGCAAGAAGAACAGCGUCUUUGGUGUCCUUCUGCGAGACUACGGCACCGAAGCUGCGAUCAGCGCCAUGAAUCGGCUCGCCAAGACUUGCGCUCGUUGGCUUGCCCAACAAGGCUUCUCUCUUGGCAUCAACGAUGUCAUGCCCGGCGAGCAGCUGCGCAAUACGAAAGACUCGAAAGUAGAAGCUGCUUACGCCGAGUGUCUCUCACUCAUCCAGAAGGCCAAGGUGGGCAAGCUCGACAAUCUUCCGGGAUGUGACCAGGAGCAGACACUAGAGAACAUGAUCUCCGGUGUCCUCAGUGGUGUGCGCAGCGAUGUAGGUGAAAUCUGCAUGACAGAACUGAGUCGCCACAAUGCACCACUCAUCAUGGCUGUUUGCGGCUCAAAAGGAUCCAAGAUCAACGUGGCCCAGAUGGUCGCAUGCGUGGGCCAACAAAUCAUCAGCGGCUCACGUGUUCCCAAUGGCUUCCAGGACCGUUCGCUGCCGCACUUCGCCAAAAAAUCGAAAGAUCCGCCAAGCAAGGGUUUCGUCCGUAACAGCUUUUUCUCUGGUCUCACACCGACCGAGUUCCUGUUUCACGCUAUUUCCGGUCGUGAAGGUUUGGUCGACACUGCCGUUAAGACAGCAGAAACCGGAUACAUGGCGCGACGUCUCAUGAAGGCCUUGGAAGAUCUCUCAACACAUUACGACUUGUCUGUACGCAACUCGGUAGGCGGCAUUGUCCAAUUCGAGUACGGAGACGAUGGACUCGAUCCGGCAGAGUUAGAAGGCAAGAAGCUGCCAGUCGAGUAUCUGCGCACUUGGCGACACAUCAAGGCCAUCACUUUGGACCCAGCAGCCCCGGGACUGCUACCGUACGAGAUCACUGAGAUGGUCGACAAAGAUUUGAGUUCGAAGAGAUAUGCCAAAACGACGAAGCUGUAUCAAGACGAGGUUGCGACCUUCAUGCGGGGCAUCGCAGAGAAAGCAGCUGCUAUUCGAGGAGCGCACGGCUUGUACCCUGCUCUGAUCAGAGAACCAGAGUACGAGGAUUCCGACCUCACAAUGGGUGCCAGCGUAUACGCGAUCGCGGCGGUGGACAAUCAGACGAAAGUGACCAAAACGGCUUUGGAAGCGUUUAUGGACUUGUGCUUGUCCAAAUACGCAAAGGCCAAGAUUGAGCCCGGCUCUGCGGUCGGUGCCGUUGGUGCACAGUCGAUCGGUGAACCCGGUACUCAAAUGACCCUCAAGACGUUCCACUUUGCCGGUGUCGCCUCCAUGAACGUCACUCUGGGUGUACCACGUAUCAAGGAAAUCAUAAAUGCUGCCAAGAUCAUCAAUACUCCGAUCAUCACUGCGGCUUUGGUCAACAACCAGUCUGAAACCUCCGCACGGAUUGUCAAGGGCCGCAUUGAGAAGACUUACCUAGGUGAUGUGGCAUCGGUCAUCGAAGAGGCUUGGGCUCGUGACUACAUUUAUCUCGGUGUACACAUCGAUAUGGACGCGAUCAGACGCUUGCAGUUGGAGGUAACGCUUGACGACGUCCGGUGGGCAAUCAUUCGUGCUCCCAAGCUUAAGAUCAAGGAGGAGAGCGUCUCUGUGAUCCCACAGCGCAGCCGUAUUCGUAUCCAUCUGGGCUCCGCCGAUGAUCGCGAGGAGACGUUCUACCGUCUCAAAGCGCUAAAGCGAGUCCUUCCAAAGGUCGUCAUCAAGGGCAUCCACACAGCUCAGCGCGCAGUCAUUAGCGACGAUCAGGGCGAGCGCAAGCUCCUCGUUGAAGGCUACGGUCUCCGUGACGUGAUGACCACCGAAGGCAUCAUUGGCACUCACACCUCGACCAACCACGUCAACGAGAUGCAGAUGGUUCUCGGCAUUGAGGCCGCACGCAAGUCCAUCUUUGAAGAGAUCAACUAUACUAUGUCCAGCCACGGCAUGAAUAUCGAUCCUAGACACGUCAUGCUUCUUGCAGAUGUCAUGACGUACAAGGGCGAGGUGCUAGGUAUCACUCGAUUCGGCGUAGCGAAGAUGAAGGAUAGUGUCCUCAUGCUGGCAAGCUUUGAGAAGACGACUGACCAUCUCUUUGAUGCUGCCCUCUUUGGCAAGACGGACUCGAUCCAGGGUGUUUCGGAGUCGAUCAUCAUGGGCAAUGCAGCGCGCAACCUCGGGACCUCGAUGCCUCAAUUAAUCAGCUCGAAGCCCAAACUCCCACGCCGUCGCGAGCUCAUCUUUGACCCAUGA